CUUUCCUCUGCGGCUAUUCCUAGCAGCUAGCCUGCCGUGGAACAGCUCUCGACGUUGUCAUAGAGCCGAUUUCAACAACGAUCAUAUACUUAAUCUAGUGUUUACCGCCUAUUUUAUAUCCCAGUAUAACACAUUGACCUUUCCCGUCUUGCUGCCUUAUCCAUUCAAGUCCCUUCUUCACUAUCGGUCCACCAACUUGCCAGCUAACGCGAGCGGCUUAGACUGCCCAUGGUGGUUAUGCCUCUUGUGGUUACCAUGGCAAGAUUUGGAACACUAUUCAGGCAUGGUGGUGUCAGAGUACAAGGGGAUGGAGGUGACCAGGCCGAGGAUGAGACGGUUGCUGCCAUCCGGGACGGCGUCGUCGUCAAUGCCUCUGGGCACAAGGACCAGCUCAAGAGACAGUACAGCCUGUUGACUGUAUGUGGGACCGCAAUGACCGUCGAUAAUGCCUGGGCUGCUUUGGGCUCGUCGUAUUCAAUCUCUAUCCUCAACGGCGGACCUCCCGGCCUGAUAUUUGGCCUCGUAGUCGCAGCCUUCUAUUAUUCCUUUAUCGGAUUGAGUCUAGCCGAGCUGGCAUCGUCAGUGCCGACCUCUGGUGGUGUGUACCACUGGGCAACCAUUGCCGGAGGGCCAAGAUGGGGCAGAAUCUUGGGGUUCUUCACCGGAUGGAUCAACUUCUACGGCUGGAUGUUCGAUCUGGCAGCCCUUUUGCAGAUCGCGGGCAACAUCGCGACCAGCAUGUAUGCCGUCUACCACGGAGACACGUACGAGCCGUGGCCGUGGACCGUCUACGUGGCCUACCUGGCCGUGCUCUGGACCUCGACCUUCAUCGUCAUCUUCGCCAACCGCAUCGUUCCUGCGAGCCAGAGCCUCGGCAUGUUUGUGGUGCUGUUCGGCGGCAUCGCCACCAUCGUCGUGCUCGCCGUCAUGCCCAGCAGACACGCCUCUAGUUACUUCGUCUGGGGCUCGUUCGACGAGAACAACAAGACGGGCUGGCCGAGUGGCGUCGCGUUCCUGCUCGGCGUGCUGAAUGGAGCCUUCACCGUCGGCACGCCCGACUCGAUAUCCCACAUGGCCGAGGAGCUCGCGCACCCGAAGAGGGAUCUACCCAAGGCCAUUGGCGUGCAGAUCGGCAGCGGCUUCCUUUUUGCGUUCGUCUUUGCGGUGACCCUGUCAUACGCCACCACAGAUCUGGAUGCGCUGCAGGACGGAUUCAACAGCUACCCCCUGGCAGGGAUAUAUGCACAGGCAACCGCGAGCCCGGACGGGACACUGAACAGGGGCGCCACGUUUGGUCUCUUGUUCAUCCUCAUCACGUCGCUUUUCCUAUGCUGCAUCGGCACGCUCGUCACUAACUCCCGGCUCUAUUGGUCCCUUGCACGAGACAAUGCCGUCCCGCUCUCUGGCGUGUUCGGCCAUGUCAACGAGAACCUGAGCUGCCCUGUUGCCGCGACGCUGUUUGUAGCCGUCGUUGCGACUGGGCUUGGGGCCAUCCCUCUAGGAAGCUCUACUGCCUUCCUCAGCCUCACGGGCUCAUUCAUCAUCUUGACGACCGUGUCAUACGCGAUCCCUUUCCUGGCCAACCUGAUGUCCGGGCGGAGGAAUUUCCCUCCUGGCCCCUUCCACCUGGGCAGGUUGGGCGUCCCAAUCAAUAUCACGGCCGUGAUAUUCAUCACGCUAUUUGACAUUCUAUACUGCUUUCCAUACCUCGUGCCCACAACGGCUGAGUCCAUGAACUACAGCAGCGUGAUCCUGGUGGGGACGGUCAUGGUGACGGGCAUCUGGUGGCUCAUCCACGCCCGGGAGAACUAUCCUGGGCCCAAAGUCCUGCAGCUGUACAUUCACGCCGAAGGGAGCGACGAUCAGGUCGCUAACAGGGUGGUGACGGAGAAAACGAGGGAGCCGGACCUGGUGGGAGGGUACAAGAGGUAGGGGUGGCUGAGGGGGGCACCACGGCAAGAGUUGGGGUGGCUGAAGGCCAUGCUGUCUCGGCCUUUCAGAGGUGGCAGGCACCUGCAGGGCGGCGGGCUGACAGGUGGCCGGAGUGGGCAUCGGCAUGGGUGAGCAGAUCUCUCGACCCACUCGGGCGACGACGAGGUUGAUGCCUCCCUUUGCCGCCAGUAAGCCAGCGUGUGAGCACAGCAAGAGGCGGGCAGUGCAGGAAUGGGAUCGGACCCUCAAAGGAUGCACGGUGUGUAGAAGAAAAGAAAAAUAGUCCACCGAAGCGAGGAAACAAGCGUGGCGUUGAAGAUCCGUGCCUAUGGGCCGUGGGUGCUUUGCCAUGGCGAGGCGAUCGCGGGAGAUGGUGCCACUUGCGUGACACUGGAACAGCAACAGGAAAAAAUAAGGCAAGGCUCAACCAGAACAUCCCAUGAACCACCUUGACCCUCGAUCGUGGAUUGGCCACUUGGGGGAAAUCGAGAUUGGCGGGGUGAGAGGGUUGGUGGCGUGGCAGGCUGGGGAGAGGUUGUGCUUCCUUAGCGCGAGCCGAGGAAAAAAAGAAAAAAAAGGGCCGCCCCCUGAGUGGGUCGCCGCCAUGUUUCGCGAGCAAAAAAAAACGCGGGUUCGACACGCGACGGGCUUGUUUGCUCGUUUUAGAGUCGCGUAAAGUGCCCAAGCACAGGCACCAAGCGGGACGUGCGAACCCGGCACGUCCAGGAUGCCAC